AUUAAGUAGUGCUGUUGUUCACUGUAAAAUGGAAUUAUCGGAAUAUUUAAAGUUGGGUCUCAAAGAUCUUUAUAAACCAAAACAAUCAAAUAGAAUCAUACAGUUCAGACAGUUAAGACAAAACAGUAGAGAUAAAUGCACGUUGUCUCAAAGGCAUAUAGCAAUGAUGGAAACAGUUAAAAUAAAUGCAAGGAUGCAAGCGAUGUUGGCGUGGAAAGCGGAGAAGAAGUUGAAAGAGGAGCAGAACAAACAGAAGUUGAAACCAAUUUUUAAAGUAUCGAAAGUGGUGGCUCCCUCGAAACUAGAAGAUAUAUAUACAAAAAAGGUGAACAAUUCACUGAAAUUAGUUGAAACAGGAUACAAAUUCAAACCACCUACGAAUAUUAAACCAAUUGUUUUGGAACAAAGAAACAGCAGUAAAAUUAAUUCGUUGUGUAAUUCUGUAAAAGAUUCUGUGAAGAAAAAUGUAGCCACAAAAAGAAUUGAUAGAGUUAAAAAUAUUAAUAGUAACACUUUAAAUGUAAAUUUUAAAGUAAACGAUAAAUCCUGUAAAGUAUCCAAUGCUUUAAAUGUCAAACCUAAGGUAAUUAAAAUGAGAAAAGAUGAAGCGAAUAUGAUGAAAGAAUCUAAUCAGAGUGUAAUAAAAAAUAGAUCUCCAAGGGAUAGGAAUAUUAUGGAUGUUAGUGAAUCAUCAAAUCCUAUAGCGAAUGAGAAUUUUGUUAAAGAAAACUCGAUGUCGAGGAAUUCAAUAAUUAACAUACAGACUCCAAAGAAAGUAUUUAGGAAGCGUUUGUAUGGCACAGCUUGUUACAUUAGGAAAUGUUAAAUAAGGAGGAACAAAUCUUUGAUUCUCUGAUCUCUUUAAAAUGUUGAUGAU